GGGAUGAAUCUCAGAACGGACGAUAAUGUCCAUCUCUUUGUUGAAGAAGACAGUACCCUCAAACUUCGAUUUGAAAGCGUGAGCCAUGAGGGUACAACAGAGGAGGUUGAUCUCUUCAUCCUCGAAAGUGGGUCGUCUUGUAAUGGAAGCGGUUUAGUAUGUGCUAAACAUAACAGACAGUACCUGCCCAUAGCCGUCUAAAAAAACCAAGACGAACCGAGCGCGCGAACUCUGAUGCAACGUUGUCUGCGGGUCAAAUCACACGAUGGCUGGAGCAUUGUAGUACAAAUCAUGGGAGUAUGACCUGUGGCUACGCAUCGGAUCCGAAACCGCUUCCGACGCGGUUGUUGCAAAUAAUUGGGCACCAGAAGCUUCGAUUGUACACGCCAUCUUCGAACGAGCGAGGACGUUAUGUCUGUCUCAGUCACUGCUGGGGAGGUUCGGUCGCUUUGCAGACGACCCGCGCGACCGAACUGCGGUUCCAUGACAACAUCGACUGGAAUUCCUUGCCUCGAACUUUCAAGGAUGGUGUCGAUCUGACCUGGCUUCUUGGGCUGGAAUACCUAUGGAUAGAUUCAUUGUGCAUAUUGCAAGACGAUCUUGAUGACUGGCGACAUGAGGGCAGCAAAAUGGCUUCCGUCUAUUCAAACUGUUUCAUUACGCUUGCAGCAACGACAUCCGCUAACUGCAAUGGUGGCUUCUAUACGGACCCAGACUGCAACACGGCCAAUACUAUAGGUAAGAUACGCCAUGAGAGCGUAGAACCCUUUGCUCUGCAUAGUCAGAAGUUAUUGCAGCAUCGAACAUUCGGCGACGCAAAGCUUCCACUGCUCAGUAGGGCUUGGGCGUUCCAGGAACGUCUACUGUCCCCAAGAGUAGUACACUUCGCCGACGAAGAGUUGUUCUGUGAGUGCAUCGGAAAAGGGUCGUGCGAAUGUGGCGUGAGCAGCUCGCAAUCGUGGUAUGGUCUUAGCAAAAGUAGGCUUACGGGGUUCCUUUCGAUGGAAAUUCCACAUACGCCUACAUCAAGCCAGACAGUCGGCUCGAUGGCCAAAAAGUGGUACGAAAUCGUGAGCUAUUGCUCAACGCUCAACCUCACAUUUCACACUGAUACCUUGCCCGCAUUGCAGGGGAUUGCUAAGCAGAUGCAAUUUAUGCGAAGCGGCUCUUACGCUGCUGGGUUAUGGGAAGAUACCAUCUUCGAUGAUCUGCAAUCGUACUCUCAAACUCGCAAUACUCUAAAAGUUCACGUAUAUCCAUCCCCUAGCUGGUCGUGGGCUUCACGGCAAAGAUCCAUUACAUUUCAGCAGCAUGGAACGCAUAGUAGAGGAUUGGCUCAAGUUAUGUCUGUUACCAUCACUCUAAAGGGCUUGGAUCUGACUGGAGAAGUUCUCGCUGGAACAUUGAUCAUAUCCGCGAGACGUGCAAAAGCUCACAUUGGUUUCACAGAUGAGAAACCUUCCAAAACUAUUCUGAAAGUUGCAUCGCGGGAUGGUACCAUGAGUGCGAGUUAUACUACUGUAGAAUGGGCGAAGAAUUUCGAUAUUACGGCUGACCGGGCCAUGGAAGUGGAGCUUCUCGAAUUGGCUCUGAUCGAUCUCGGCGGCGAUAAUGCCACCAUCUUUCUGGAUCUUCGUUCGGCUGAACACAGUACUACCGACGACAAGUGCCCUACUGAUAACAAGAUUCCGGCUUUCGAAAGAAUCGGCAUUGGCCAUUUCGACAUCCAAGAAGAAGCAGAGAUGUACCUCCAAUCCCAGCCUAGCACCAUUAGGGUGAUCUAAGUUUUGUUGUCUCUUGUCGUUUGUGAUAGUUUACACUUUAGUAUUUGACAGGUUUGCCGCAGCCAGUUUUAAAGAAAUAUUUGUGCACCGAAUAAGAUAGACAUCUUACAUGUUCAUAGAAACAGCAAGUACCUUCUGAGUACGCUAUGACAUCAACCAUAUUAUGGGAAACAUGAUCGCUUGUGCUCAAAUAGAAGUGGGGAUGACAGACCACAGCUAAUUGCGGGGAACGAUCCCAAAGUUCACUUCAACUCCGCUGGUGCUAGCAGCAGACGAAAACACGACAAAACCAUUACCCGACGUCAUGAUAAUCCUACAUGUACGGAAAAGCUUAAUACGAGAGGUACACCGAUAUAUUAUCGCAUGUUUGAUGUCAAAUUCAACUU